AAAAUUUCAACUUUUGUUUCUUUUACGUUUGUGCAAUAAUAAAUAAUAUGUUAAAGAAUCAGUUUUUUACUUAUACAUAAAAAUAAAAAUUCUUCAUUUUUAAUUUAUUUGUUGUUCUGCUGACUGAGAUGUGGUGAUAAAGUAUUUUUUUUAUAAUAUUUUUACGUUUUUUUUUGUCUGGCUGGCUGACUGUUAAAAAUAUAACUAAAAAAAACAAAAAAGAUCACAAAAAAUAUCAAAAAAACAAAGUAGCUGCUGCUGAGUUGGUCAAAUUUUUUAUAAAUAUUGCGGUGGCGGAAUUAUUUUUAUAAGUGUGCUAUAUGCUAAAUUUGCAAGAAAUAUACAUAUUUAAAAACACGCAAAAUAAAGCUAAUAAAUAAAUAUAUAUUGUGGAUAAAAAAUAAAUGAAAAAAUUUAACAAAAUGGAUCCUGAUUUAGAUAAUGAACAAAGUGUUUUAUGUGAAAAAAUCAUCAAUGAUAUUAAUACUGUAUUUCUCAAGGACAUAGAACUAACCUCCUUUGAAAUUAUACCCACUGUGCUGAAUCGCAACAAAUCACCUGUCAUACAUGUCGAACACAAUUUGGGUCUGGAGUCGUGGUGUGCCAAACACGUCUACGAUCAUGCGCACAAAAUGCUAAUGAACUACAAAAAACAAUCUCUGCAGCGAUACGUACAACAAAGUGAAAUAGUGCUCAAGUACCUGAAUGUGGCGCUGCUAAUAAAUCCCGAUGUGACAGGGUUCUGGCACAUACGGCGACAACUAAUGCAAAAGAAUCGCCUGAAAAUGAAUAGAGAAUUGAAAUUUUCAGCUUUGGUGCUAAGCAAGAAACCAAAAUCAAAUGAGGCCUUUGCCUAUCGCCGUUGGUUGUUCUCAUUUCAGAGUGCCGAAUCCAUAGACUGGCAUUUGGAGAUAGGUAUUUGUGAACGUUGUGCUGAUCGCAGUUCUAGCAACUAUCAUGCCUGGUCUCAUCGCCAGUGGGUGCUGCAAAAUUCCCCCACCAUCAUUAGAGCGGAAAUAAUGCGUUCGGAAAAGUUUAUGCGCAAACACAUCAGUGAUUAUAGCAGCUAUCACUACAGACAACUGCUUAUAGCUCAGGCCUAUCAUUUAAGUUACUAUGACGCCGAGGAACUGCAACAUCUACAUGACCUCAAAGAACUUAUAAACUAUUAUCUAAUAGCCGAUGUCCAGUGUCCCACACAAAUUCUAGAUCUACUGCUGCCCGGCAUUGAUCAUUCGGCCAUAGGCGAACAAAGACUCAAAUCUUUCCUGUACUGCUGUAAUCUAUCGGCUCACGAUAUGCGCCUGUGUGAUGAUCAGAAAAAUAUGUACGGUGAAAGGGAAUCAUUUGAGCUACAUCGUCGUGCCUCUUUAAAAUUCAUUGUUGAACAAUGUGUACGUUUGCUGAGUGGCGAUUGGGUGGGCAUGUAUUCACCGCCGGCCACUCCCGAACAGAAACAACAAUUUAAUAUGCAUUUACGUAAAUUUGACUAUAAUUCGUAUGAAUUUCUGUUGGCCUUAAAGAAAUCUGAAGGUCUACUAGGUCCUAAACAUCGUAAAUGGUGUUCAUUGUUUUUGGGUUUCGAUUAUGAAUCGGGUGCUGCUUAGAAUUGAGCAUAUUUGUGGUAAUUUUUCUGUUCACUACUCAUUUAGUAAAAAUCUUUAUUUGUUUUUAUGUUUAAUUUUUUUUUUUAGUUUUAUUUGUUAUAAAAUAAUUGCUGUGAUUUUGAUGUAAACUAGUCAGAUAUGCAGGUAUUAAGGGGUUAAAGUGGGAGUCUAUGUUCUGUCUGUUAUGCCUGGGGACUCGUCCCAACAUCAAUUUAUUUAUCGCCACCAGGAGCACGUCAGUCUGUGAUCGGAUGAUGAAUGUUGAUAGUUCUGGUGAAGUUGCUUUAAAGUGAUGAAGGUUUAUCUGUACCACUAGCAGCCUCCUUGGUAGUGUCGGGUUUCGAGUACCGAAACCUGUUAGUCUAUCGAUCGGUUCUCUUGGUUCCCCUUGUUCUCACCAGUAGGAGGUGAUGCCUCCGCUAUCUGACCCUGGCAAUUAUGAUAUCGUGCUCAACGUCAGAGUGCAUAGUCAUCUCCUCCAACUUCUGAGUGGUGCAAGUUUCCCAACAACCUCUCUUGUCCAAAAUAUAACAUUUUAUCAUUGUUCAACUUCCCCUAAAAUGUAUAACUCGAUAGACUAGACGAUAGUGAGGAUAAGUGGACUAUUUUUGUCCAAAAUAUCUGCAAAUCUUUCUUUAUUACAACAAGAAUACAGCAAUUUUACUGUAAUUGUUUUUAUUAUUUAAUUACAAAAAAAAACAAUGAUUUUUGUUAGUGUUUAAAUUCAAAAUGUUUGCAUUUAUAAGAAAAUAAUUUAUAGUUGUUAUAAAAUCACAGUCUAUAUUAAAAGAUUUUAUGUUAAAGUUUAAAUCAUAGAGAAAUAUACAUAGAGCAGAAACUCGCCUAACAAAAACCUAACUCAGUUGUCAAAAACCUAAGUGGUGUUCAGUCUCCAGAAGUUCUAGGAGACUGUCCCGAACUAGUGAUUUCACCUAUCAUUUAGGAUGACAACUAGUUACUCUCUAGACUACAAAAAGUACAAAAUAUAUAAAGAGGAGUCAGCCAAGUGUUUAGACAUUUGUGAAAAUUACUGUGUAUAACCCUAUGUCUACACCUGAUAAAUUUUUGUCAAGAUAAACAUAAAAAUGGUUGUCUAGACAUAAAAUUAUCUGGUAUAGUCUACAUUUUUUAGUGUUAUUGCUUUGUUAUGACAAAAUUGUUUAGUGCUUUUGCUCAGACAACCAUUGUCUUGCUAACAAAUGUCAUUAAUUGUUAUGAUAUAGAUAUUUGUCAAGUAUAGACAGGCUUAACUGCUUAACAAAAACAACAAUCGUAUGUGUAAUUGUGUGAGUAAUUUGUUUGUUUAUGUUUUUCUUCUAGUUUCCGCUCUUUGUAUAUUUCUCUGUAGUUAAAAGAGAACAGUUUAAAUAUGGCGUCAUAGUUGAUACAAGCUGUGAAACCGUUAAAAUAUUAAAAAGUAAGAAAUUAUAAAUAAAAAAAAUAUAAUUUUCAAGUCACAAACUAAAUCUAAAUGAAAA